AACUAAAGGCGCUCCCAAAAUUCAGCACACUAGUUUUCCCGCUGUCAUGGACAGGACAAAAUUAUUCAAGGAAAUCUGCGGUCUUAUGGUACUAGAACGCGGCGAAGACUGCAGCAGCGAAAGCGUACUCACCGGCCCACCGGCAACGAAGCGGUCGUCGAGAGCUCACAAAAUCCUGCGUAGUAUCACGACAAUGAAGGACUUUCUCUUGUCCCGGCGUCGCGACUACGUCCUCUGCACGCUGUCGCCGGAGUCGCGUUGCGUCGUGGUGGACCGGGAGCGAAGGCGCACGGACCAAAUGGUGGAGCAGUUCGCGCGCGACGUACGAGCGGCGAUCGAGGCCUUCUCAUCUUCCCAUAAAAGCGGUGACAGCCUCCAGCGAAGUCUUCAGGCGCGCCAACACCGCAUGAGCGUACGAUCACUGCUUCUCGACUACCUGUCGACGACGUGCCAAGUCUAUGCCGAGAUGAAAGCUGCUUACGUGAAGCGCUUGUGCGACCGGCACCGGUGGAGCAGACUGAGCUCGCCGUAUCGCAGGUUGGGUCCGAGCAACUCACGUGGUUACUCGAGUUUGCUACCGGCGCCGCUGAUCAAGGGCCUGCGACAGCUGUCGAGUGCAGCCUCCAAGAUGGUGACCGUGGGCAGCUGGUUCCAGUCGUCGGAAGAGAGCGAGAGUCCACGUGAUUCGACGGCACCGGAUCUCAGUCUGACGUACGAAGAAUGCUUGCAGUUCGAGGAGGAAAGCAAGAUCCUCAUGGACCGGCUCAACUGUCCGCGAGAAAUCGUGCGCGACAUCGAGUCGCAGGUGAUCGACAUCGCCUGCCUGCAGAGGGUUCUCACGGGUCACAUUUGGAGCAAGAGGAUGACGUUGAGCGGAUUGCCAUGGCAACCCAACAUGCUAGUGCAAAUGUGACAGCCGCCAGGAGGACACUAGAAGAAACUGUUGUGCAGCAAACUUCUUUUGGUCGUUGUGCUGCGGCGCUGAUAUGUUGCCUUUCGCUGCUCUUGCUUUUCCUUCACUGGUUGACACCGUAAGCUGGUGCACAGCUGUG